AUGAGGACUCUUAAGCUUCAGCUCGACUACGUUCUGGCGAGGAACAUUCCUCGGUCAGAUAUCCGAAAAUCUAGAACUGUUUGGGACGUCGCGUUCGACUCUAACCACCGUCCAGUUCUUCUCAGCUUCAAGAUACGGUUCCACAAGAGAAGCCGAGGAGUUCCUCUUCAACCGAAAAUCGACAUGGCAGGUCUGAAAGACGAUGAAGGCAGAACAAAAUUCCGCCAACGUGUGUUUAUUCAUGUUGGAGUACGGACCAGGAAGAAGCUUAGCGAUGCGGAUUCCUUCACAAAGUGCAUCCAGGACGCUGCAAGGGAAACGCUCCCGGUUCUAUUGCCGCGGAAGAAGUUUGCCUUUGCAUCUGCGGAAACAAAAUCCACAUACAAUUCUGUAUGUGUAGCGCGCAGCGCUGGUGACUUCAACCAGGAAAAGCAUCUUAGAAGGAAGCUGCGUCGUCAACUGCAACAAGACCGCGAUAACGAGUAG